CAAUUCUAACACCACACAAAUCAAAAUAUCUCUCUAUAGAAGGCACAAAAAGAGAAAAACUUAGUAACCAUGAAUGUGAAAAUUGAGAGUUCAAGAAUCAUCAAGCCAUUGUAUGAAGGAACUCCACCUUCAACCACAACUCACAUUCCUUUCAAUGUGUUUGAUAAUGUCACAUUUGAUGCUCUAAUGGCUUUGAUUUAUGCCUAUAGACCACCUACCCCUCCAACUUCCACUAUUGAAAUGGGACUUCGAAAAACCUUAGCGGUUUAUAGGGAGUGGGCCGGGCGAAUAGGUGAAGAUGAGGAGGGGAACCGCGGGGUUUUUCUCAAUGACGAGGGUGUUCGAUUCAUCGAGGCAUCUAUGGAUGCCACGUUGGACGAAGUGUUGCCCUUAAAACCUUCCCCUUCUAUGCUCUCCUUACAUCCUAGCUUAAAGGAUGUAGUGGAGUUGAUCCAAGUUCAAGUCACGAGGUUCACGUGUGGCUCCGUGGUGGUUGGUUUCACAGGCCACCACAUGAUAGCCGAUGGCCACGCGGCAAGCAACUUCUUCGUCUCGUGGGGUCAAGCUUGCCGCGGGGUCGAAAUUACUCCCCUCCCAUUGAAUGACCGCACUAUAUUCCGCCCACGGGACCCUCCACUCAUCGAGUACAACCAUGUGGGGGCCGAGUUUGUGUCCAAUUUAGUAAACAAGGACAACAACGUCAACAAUGAAAAUAAAGAGAAAACCAUAAUCGUGCACAAAGUCCAUUUCACACUUGAGUUCCUAGGGAAACUCAAGGCGAACGCCUCUUUCAUGAAUGGAAAAGCGAGGGCUUAUAGCACGUUCGAAAGUCUAAUAGCCCAUUUAUGGAGGGUCAUUACAAAAUCGCGCGGACUAGACGCGUUACAAACUACCCAAAUAAGAAUCUCGGUUGAUGGACGUAGAAGAAUUAUACCUCGAGUGCCUGAUGAAUUUUUUGGUAACUUAGUCCUUUGGGCAUUUCCAACAUCAAAAGUGAAAGAAUUACUAGAUGAGCCACUUCACUAUGCAACAAAGAUAAUUCAUGAUGCAAUUACCAAAGUUGAUGACAAAUAUUUCAAGUCAUUUAUUGACUUUGCAAAUCACAAAGUCACACAAGAUUUAAUCCCAAGUGCAGACAUGAAGAAGGAUUCACUUUGUCCUAAUUUGGAAGUUGAUAGUUGGUUGAGGUUUCCAUUUUAUGACUUGGAUUUUGGUACUGGUUGCCCUUUUGUGUUCAUGCCUUCUUAUUAUCCAACAGAAGGGAUGAUGUUUCUUGUGCCGUCAUUUAUUGGAGAUGGAAGCAUUGAUGCUUUUAUUCCUCUAUAUCAAGAUAACUUGGCAAAUUUCAAGAAAAUUUGCUACUCUCUUGAUUUGAAAGCAAAAUGAGAAGAGAGCUACUUAUGAGGCUUGUGAUAAAAUAAAAAAAAGGUGAAAUAAGGUCUUGUCGUAUUGUGUUGUUUUUAGGUUAUUAACAAUUUGGUUAUUAAUUUUUCCUACUGGAUUUUUUUAUUAUGUGCAUUGUCAUGUUGAUGAUCAGUAUAUCUUGGAGAAGAAAUGUAAGUUUGGCACUUUCUGAUUUUUAAA